CUUGCCGCGCCUCGUCAUAAUCUAAUCGCACCCUCCUCCCCGCCGCCGGGAAAGGUAUCGCCGCCAUCGAGUCCUGGCCGUCAGUGUCCUGGACUAUGCGCCCCGGGUCAUGUAGCCGCGCACGAGCCGCUGCCGCGCCCCGCGAGUCCACGAGCUGACCGGACAGGACUAGAGCCGCCGUAAUGGGGCGAGCAACGCCCCCGCGGGCCCUGCGCCUCCUCCUCGCCGGGGUCGUCCUCGCCGCCUGCAGCGCUAGAGCAACCCUCGCGACCCGCGGGCCCCACCCUCGUGCAGAAGAGGCCCUGUGCUGCGGGCCCCCAAAGGGGCUCCCUAUUCCCGCCACGCCGGGGCCCUCGUUGGGGCUGGGCCACCCUGGCACCGAUCCAAAACUAUGCUGCGGGAAGGGGUGGGGUCUCCACUGCUGCCUCGGGGGCGCCUGCUGUCUGGGUGACAAGCUAGUGCCUAGGCCCCCACAACCCUCGGCGCCCACAUCGCGCCCCCCGCUGUACGACAGCACCCCCUGGCGAUGGAAGGAUUGGGCCCAAUGGCUCAACAUUAUCGUGGUCAUCCUCAUCGUGGCGCUGGUCUCGGCUGUGAUGGUGUGCUGCUGCCGGCGAAGCAGGUUGAACGAGCGGGAUCCCCUCCGUGUCACUGACGCGCAUCUUUUCAAUUAUGGCACAGCACCAGGAUAUCGUGCGAGCGCUCCCUACUGGAAUUCUCCAUCGCGGUGGGUAGACUUUUCAUAUGUGCCCGCGAACGGUGGAGCUCAGAAAGCUCACGCCAGCCCGUACUACAAGCCAGCUACCACGGUCAAUUAUUAUGCUUCACACCCAGCAGAUAUGUAAUGUUAUGAAUGGGAAUUUGUUAAGACACAGUCCAACUAAUAAACAGCAAGGCCGUAUAUUUCA